CCUCUCCUUCAAUUUCAAUUGAUAAAACAGCCAAUUAAUACAACCAAUAGGAACAGAAGCAUAGAACGACAGAAGCAGAAGGCAAGGCUUUCAAGAUGGUAGGAAUGGGAUGAUAAAGUUGAUUGUUUAUGUAUUUUGCUAAAGGCAUUCGUGUUAUGUGGUUAUGCAAAGACUUCUACAUUACAACGGAAAUUAAUAUUGAUAUGGGAGAAUGUUUAUCGCAUAUGUUGCCGAUUUUUUAUUCAUUUCUGUUUUGAUUGGAGGGUUCUGCCUGGCGAACGAGGAAGAUGCCGCGGUGAAUGAGCUCAGAGUGGACGAGGGGGGUAACCUCACAUUGCCCUGCGCUAGUGGUGACGAGGACGAGGACAGAGUCUACUGGAUCCACGAGGGGCGCACCAUUGACUCCAGCGUGCUCCAGAACAACUCCCUGUUCCUACAGCAGCUGAAGCGCGAGGACGCCGGCGUCUACAAGUGUGCCUCAGAGAGCGAUGAGAUCCUCAAUCAGAUGAAAGUCAUCGUCCGCACACCCCCACCCAGGCUAGUGAAUGUGACUGUACACCCAUCGACGAUAUUGGCACUACUGCGGUGGGACGUGGAGGAUACCGGGGGAUACCCUAUUACCCACUUCACAGCCCAGUACCGCCUCAAACACAGCCCCGCCGACCAACCGCCCGACAACUGGCACAGAGUGAUCCCUGGCCGCAUCAGCCCCACCGCUAGUCAAAUUGAUAUCUACAACCUGGACCCGAACUCCACGUACAUUUUUGAAGUAUGGGCGAGUAACGACCUAGGAGAGGGGGAGAUAGUACAAGUGGAGGCCAAGACCCAGCAUAACAAUGAGGAAAUUGAGUUGGGCAGACAUCUGCUGGCCGGCGCUGACACGUUUGACACCCGUUACUGGGUGGCUGCUGUCGCCGUCGUCAUGGGUACGCUCGUGGUGCUGGCGCUCGGCACCUGCUACGCUCUGUAUCGCGAGUGUCAUCUGCCACUCAUCGUCGGGGACGACCAGGAGGUCAUGGAGCUAGUCCCGAACAUCAUCCUGAACCCCGGUUACCAUGAAGGCGGAGGUCGGAUGGAGUGGACGGAUCCGGACGAGAACUGCAAUGACUACAGGACUACACGACUCAACAAUAACACCGUCGUGCGUCCGAUCCGGGUCUGACUACGCUAAGAGCGGGGCACAGUUUUCCGGGCACAAAGAUUGUCUCGCUCCGCCCUCAGCCGAGAUGAGACGUUGUUAUGUGAGGCGUAAGGCUUCAAGGCAGGUAGCCCAUCAGAUGGAGUCAGCUGAGAUUAAGCUGUAAAGUCUUGCCUUGUAAUUUAUUAACCAUAUCUGCUUUGUUUUUUUUUUGUUUUUUUUUUAACCACAUGUUUUCUUGCAGCACCAAAGCUUAAGUUUUACAUAAAGCGUUCACUAUACACUGUAACAUGCCUUGGUGUUUUGCAUUGUUCACCAGUGAGUGAUUAAUUUAGCAAAACUAACAGUCAAAUUAAAAAAAUUGAGAUUAUCAGAUUCUCGUUGGUCAAAUAAUAAUUUGAUAUCAUCAAAAACAAAAGUGGAUGACUUUUUCUCUAUAGGUUUAUGAAUUACAGGAAUGAGCUGAAUUUUGUGUCUUGAUAAGUGAACAUAAGUUGUCAGAAAAGAAACUAACUGAUAGUUCAUUUUAUCUUAAACUGCUUCAUAGCACUAAGUGUGUAUUGCAUUAAGUUGUGUGGUGCACUAAUCAGUGUGGCGUUAAAUGCAGUUAACUGGAAAUUACGUUAGGUGUUAAAGUUAACUUAAUGCGGUCGCCCUAGGCGGAUCAACUGUAAUAGAAUUUGAUUUUUCUCAGUUAAAAUAAGUCUUCAUAAAAGUACCAGACUGUUAACAGUUUAAAUUACUUUAAAGGCAAGUCUUUUGUGAAAUAUCAAGAAGAAAGUUAAAUUUUUGAUGAAAGUGUUAUGACACUAUAUCAUUGACUCCUAUCUGAUCAGUUUUGUUUUGAAGUCUUAUGUCCAAUUUGUUCAUACCACUGGGGUUUCAUCCCAGUAUCUGCCGAAGGACUGAUCUGAAAGUUGCGUUACAAUUUUGUUACUCAAAUUUAGAUUGAACUGUUACUGAACAAUAAUGAAAGUUCUAUUUUUUACCCUGAUAAUUGCCGAGGGGCCUUAAAGGAGAGUUGUCACUUGCCACCGGAAAGCUGUGCCUGUUUCACGGCUCUGCCCAUGCUCAAUGUUCAAGUCACACUGGACGUUCUGGAUCAGUAUUUAUGCAUCUGACGUGGAGUCAAGCAAGGAUUCGGCUUGGAUCCUUAGUUGUUUCCCACGAAAAAAUGAGUUAGUAAAGUAGUUUAGACAGUUGGAAUAAGUAUUUUGUUUUAAAUAAGGAAAACAAAAUACUGAAAGUGGUUGGCACUCUGUUUUGUAGUUCAGUAAUUAGAAUCUUUUGAUUUUUAAAAAUUAUUUUCAUAAACUGUAUCAAACCGUAGUUUGAAUGAAAAUUUUCUUUCUGGUCAUAGUUAACAACUAAGCACUGUGUUCUACAAUAGUGUAAUAAACCGUUCAAGAUUAGCUGUGUGAAUAAAAGUAUGAUUGUAACAAGUGAUUAUAGUGGAAUAACGGGUGAUAUAAAUAUUGAUUCACUGAAAAAGCAGUGUUUUGCUGCCGGAGCUUCUGUACAGCAGAUUGCCUUCCCGGCAGCGUCGCGCUGCGGCGCUGCUAGGCUUACACCCACUGUGAUGCGCCCUUUUGUACAAGACUCCUAGUCACCGUCUUGUUGCGUGGUUUGUAUUUUUCGAGUUAAUUGCGCCACAUGAAUUUUGUAUUUUUAAACAGAAGCGUGACACAAUAAAUGUGAUUGUUAAUGUCGUGCGAUCUGUUAGUUGAGAGCAGGUCAUACUGGGAUCGGCCGCAGAGCUGUGCUUUUGUGAUCAGAUUUAUAAGUUUUUUUACUGUCUAUUGUAUCCUUGCAAUUGAAUUACAUUAGUUCUACCUAAAAUAAUUUGGCAAAUUUAUUGCUUAAUGCUUCAUUUCUUAUUGAAUGACAAUUUAUUAAGUAUUCAAGGUUGCCAAUGCACCUUUAACCUUUAACUGACACUGUGGAAAGGGUUGUGAAUCUCUCUAUUGCUCUCUAUGCCACGGUCACAAACAAUAUCCCAGAAUGCCCUGAGUUGAACAACAGACUGCGUCCGACAACCUGCCUCUUGUUGUUAGUCGUCACUCGAUGUUCAAGCCCUAGUGAUAUCAUAGGUUAGGUCAACGUUGCUACGCUCUCUGCUCGCUACUCUAAAAAUAUACAUAUUUAUAUAUUUUUUGUACAAACACUUUUUGUACGCUGGUUUUAUUCUAUUACAACUUUUUUAUAGCGCUGAUUUCUGCUUGUGUUAGUAGGUUUUAGCUGAGCGUUCUUAUAACUUUGCUGCAUUUCUAGUGUUGUCGUCCAAUAGAGGGGACGUUUACUCAUUGAGAACAUUUUGUUUUAUUAUUGUUAUUGUACAAUUUUAUAUAGUGUUUAUAUUAAUGUUUUUAUGUUUUAUGUAGUUAUAGUUAUUUUGAGACAUUUUUACUAUAGAAUUUAAUUUGUUCAAAUUUUACAGGUAAGAAAUUAUUUCUGUGUUUUUAUGAUGUUUGAUUAUUAAACUAUGAUGCUGUUGAGUAUUAUUCAACUUUUGUCGUUUUAAAAGAAUUUCUCAAAUAACAGUUGUAGUGUCUACACUAUACUCUCAGCUGCACUUUAGUAAUGUUAAAGUAUUUCUAUAUUUAUUACGUGUCUUACAAUCUUAUGUGAAGUAAGAAAAUUAUUUUAUAAUUGAUUUAUACUUUUAUAUGUCUAUUAAUUUCAUUUUAUUGGUUUCAGUUAAGAAGCCACAAAAUAGAAAAACUGUAGAACAUAUCCUGUAUGAGGUUACAAUAUUUAUGAUAAUCCCAUAAAUUGGGGGUAUAAGAAUAUUUUGUGCUGUACACAAUUUUUAUAUCUGCCUAAUGUUUUUAACAUUCAAUAACAAAACAUCUCUUGAAUAAUUUUGGAAGCCAAUAUCUGACAUGAAUUAUUGUUAACAAAUUUUAAAACUGGUAAGAAUUAUAUACUUGUUACGUGGUAUUAACUAGAAAAAGCUGUCACCUGUUUUUUAAACCUAAGCAUUUUAUAUAAAAAAUGUAAUGUUUACAGUCAACUUUUUAUUAUCUACAGUAAUUAAUCAGUGUUCCAAAGGCUUAAACGGGAGUAGGCCUCUCCUUAAAAAAAGUAAAAACAAAAUAACAUAUUAGUUGAAAGGAACUAAUUAUACCAGCUUUUAUUUCCACAAUGGCUUGCCUUCUUAUCAUGACAUGAUCUGUUGUAUGCAAUAAGCCUUGUAUUACAUGAACAAUUGUCUGAAUUUCAAUUAACUUAAUAAUUAUUAUUGAGCCACUAUGACUGUUCUAUCCCCACAUAAUUGGAAGUUGACGGUUUUGUUUCUAAUAUUAUGCAAAUUCUCUUUAUUUUAUUUGUAAGGUUCUUGUGAUAUAAUGCUAGUUUAUUAUAAAACAAAAUACAUUAAGCAAGUAGUAAAAUUCUCCAUUGUUUUAUAACAUACAGAUUUUAAGUAUAUUUACAAUAUGAAAAAUGAAAUAAUGGAUAGAAAAUUGGCUAACUUUAAAAACUUUGUCAAGUUUCAUUAUAUGUUUAAAGUACCUGCAGAUGUUUUAUGAAAUUGCAAUAUUAAUAAAAUUAGCAAAAGGCCAAUCCGGUGUCACUCAUUUGUUAUGUAUUUAUUUUAUUGUUAUGUUUUAUUUACAUUGUGACUUGCCAUUACCAUGUUUUUUAUCUUAUAGCUGUAACCCAAUGAUUUCUUGCCACUGUAAAUAAAACAUAAUGCUGCUUCAAUAGCAUCAUUAGCCUUGCUGUAAGAGUAGGGUACGUAACGUUUGUGAUAAUAUUUUUAAGUUGUAAUUAUUUUGAUUUUGUGUGAUAAUGUAUGUAUGUUUUGUGCGUGUAAGUACAUUGUGUUUAGUUAGUUGCUUUACUAAAUGCAAUAAGAGUAAGACUAACAGAGAUCAUAUCAAGAUAUUCUAAUAGAAAAUUCUUUGACUAUCGAUUCUCCAGUGUUGGUUUAUAAAUAUGUUUGGGGUCUAACUAAGAAGUUGCAAUAAACAAGUCUGGUUAGUUUUUCUUAUAAAUGGUCCUAAGUCUUCAGAAUGUUCUCUCUGUAAAGCACAAAAAGUACAUUUUUAUGCUCUUUACAUAAUAUUGCUUAUUUUGAUUUGAAUUCAUAUUUUUUUCAUCUUUUCAGUCAAGUGAAAGUCAUAUGUUAUGUACUGGGUGUUUUACGUAAAGCUGUUUCGGAUUGAAUUCAAGCAAAAUAUUUCAUUUCAGACGUUAAAUAAAUUUGAGCUCGUUCAAAUCAUACGUGAAAAAUCCAGCAAAACCUGUUUAGACAUCAUAAAUUUUCUAGGACAACCAACGAUAUACCAUAAGUUUGUGUUUUAUGCCAAACUAAAGACAGUAGUUUGAGAUGUUUUAAGUUAUAACCAGUUUGUUUGAACUGUUAUUCAACAAAAUGUUGUCCUAAACCUAUUAAUAGAUUUUACAUCUCAAGUAUCAUCGAAUUGAGUAAUGACUAUCAGCAAAAGUGCGAAAGAAGGAAUUAGCAUUUGGCAGUAUUUGUUUUUGUGAUUGACACCUGGUGACACGUAGUUUUCACUUUGAUACUUUGUUUACAUUUUUUAUUAGUUCUUUUCAGUUAGUUAUUGUGUUUUAAAAUGACCGGAAGCAAAAGUUCGACAGAGAUAAACGUGUGCAACGUGUAGUACACUCGCGCAUUGUUUAGAUUGACACCUGGUUGUUUGGAAAAUUUCAGUUAUUGAAAAUAUUGUAAAUUUUUAGAUUAUAAACAUUAUUAAAAUUUUUUCUUUUGGUACAUGUUAGAAUUGUGUUAUUCUAAAUAAUUAUAGCUCACAAUUUUUAGUUUUGCAUCAGAAAAAGGGAUAUUUCAUAAGUGUUUAUAUGCUUUUCGUUUACAGACACCAUAUUGAAACAGUUGGUAAUUAUUUUAUUGUUUACAAUAAUUAGAUUGUUAAUAUAACCUUUCAAACCAUAAACAAAGUGUGACAGUUAAAAUUAUGUACAAUAGAAGCCAUUUUAAUUUUGAAAUUUUUCAGAUUCAAACAGGUCAACCACACAUGUUUUUUAUACAUUGUGUAUUAUAAGAAUUUAACAAAUAUUUACACAGCCUCCCUUGUGUAUGAUUUACGAAGAUAUAAGUUUAUUUCAACUUUUACCUAUAAUGAGCUUGAGGGUAAGAGCUUAUGUAAAACAUCCAGUACAUAUUUAUAUAUUCUUAAAGAAGUUAAAAUAAUUAUUUUACGAGAUAAUAAUUUGUAUCUAUUUUUACAUACUGUAAUUAUUUAUAUUCAUUUGCAAAUUUUAUUGUAAACAAAACAUUGUUCUAAAACAAUAAAUUAAACAUUUUUCAGUUUCUUGUAUGAGUUGGACCCCAGGCAAGUUCAGAAAUGAGCUACUACUCCUGGACAUAUCUCAGUUACUGUGUGUACUAUAUGUAUAUAAAUAUUUAGCGUAUAUAAAAUGUGCUACAAGUUUCGAUAAAUCAAGUGUCGCACUGCUUUAUUAAUUGUUGCUUAAUGCACUUUUCAUAAGAUUAUUAUUCUAAGUAUUUUUGAAAAUACUACCUUAUGUUGGGUGUAAAAGUGGAACAACAUUUUCUUAAUUUCCCAGUUAAAAAGUUUGUUGGGAUAAAUUUUAUUUUUAGUUUUACUCUAAGAUUAAAACUCGAGCUUGUAGUUAACCAACAAUAAAUAAAUGCAACAUG